UAGUCUUGUUUUUCUAAAGCACAUACUCAGCUUCCUUCAUCGUCUCUCUCUCUCUCUCUCUCUCUCUCUCUCUCUUCCACGACCGUCAUAAGAAACCAACCUAUUCCCAUUAGAGAAACGUUCCUGAGUCUUGCAAGACUCUCAGUUUCAGCUUAGCCAAACAAAGGAAUAGAGAAAGAAAGCCAGAGCCUGAAGCCGGCUUUCUAGGUCUCUCUUAACUUGAAGUUAAGAAAGAUUUUUUUUAAGGGGGGUUGGGGUUAUCUUCACGCACCACUCAACAGAGAAGAAACAGCUCAACAAUAGUCCCAAAACAGUGAGCUGGUCACAAAAGGGGGGGGUGGUGAGGGGGGGUUUCGGUCAAGUGUGAUGCGUGCAGGAGCUUACACGGUCCAACAGACCCUCACAGCAGAGGCUGCUUCAGUCCUGAAGCACUCUCUCAGCCUUGCAAGGAGGAGAGGCCAUGCCCAGGUCACUCCCCUGCAUGUCGCUGCCACUCUUCUGAGCUCAAGGUCGAGCCUUUUGAGAAGAGCCUGUCUCAAGUCUCAGCCGCCUUCUUCUCAUCCUCAUCCUCACCACCAUCAUCCUCUCCAAUGCAGAGCUCUUGAGCUUUGCUUCAAUGUCGCGCUCAACAGGCUUCCCACGACCCCAGGCCCAAUGCUCCAUGGCCAACAGGCCUCUCUCUCCAAUGCCCUGAUCGCCGCCCUCAAGAGAGCCCAGGCCCACCAGAGGAGGGGUUGCAUUGAGCAGCAGCAGCAACAGCCUCUCUUGACCAUCAAGGUCGAGUUGGAACAGCUGGUCAUAUCCAUCCUAGAUGACCCGAGUGUGAGUCGGGUCAUGAGAGAGGCUGGCUUCUCUAGCACCGCAGUGAAGAGCAACAUAGAGGACUCUUCGGCUUCUUCUGUGUUCCAGUGUUACGGCUCCUCCGGUGGAGUCUUCUCUUCCCCUUGCUCUCCUUCUCCUGCCGACACGGCCCAACAGCGAGAAGUGGUCAUAAACCCUAGUGGCAGUUUCUGGCAGACCCACUUGUUCAACUACUCUCCCGAGCAAAACCCAGUUCUGUUCUCUCCCCACAAGAGAGUUUUGAGCAACUGCUUCGUCGCAGAUCCAGUUAAUAAUCCUGUGAAGGAGGAGGACGUCAAACUGGUUCUUGAGGUACUGUUGGGGAGGAAUAAGAGAAGGAAUGUUGUGAUAGUGGGUGACUGCUUUUCACAGAAUGAUGGCCUUGUUGUAGAGCUGAUGGCAAGAAUCGAGAAAGGAGAGGUUCCUGAGGAGCUAAAAUCAGCCCACUUCAUAAAGUUUGAAUUUGCACCCGUUCCCCUGAGGUACAUGAAGAGAGAGGACGUGGAGUCAAACAUGUCAGAACUGAAGAGGAAGAUUCAUGAUCGUUCUGUUGCAUCUGGAUCAAGUGGUGCGGGUGUAAUAAUCUAUACGGGAGACUUGAAAUGGACCUUGGAAACGAGAAAUGGUGGGGUUGAAAAAAACGGUGAAGUGUCAGCGGUAUAUAGCCCAGUGGAUCAUCUUGUUACUGAGAUGGGAAGGUUAUUAUCAGAUUACUGUGGGGGUUCGAGUACAAAGGUUUGGCUAAUGGCAACUGCAAAUAUUCAGACGUACAUGAAAUGCCAAAUGAAACAGCCUCCUUUGGAGAUUCAAUGGGGUCUUCAAGCUGUUUCUGUACCAUCUGGUGGCCUCGGAUUGAGCCUCCAUGCAUCCAGCAACAGCGACUCAAAACGACCAUUGGCGAGUCCACCUCAGGUGCUGGACAUAAAGCAUCUGAGCAAGGAGGAAGGAGAUGGCCUCACUUGUUGUGCUGAGUGCACCUCCAACUACGAGAAAGAAGCUGACCUAUUUAAGUCUAACCAACAGAAACUUUUGCCGUCCUGGCUCCUAGGACAAGGCAAUGAUGCUCUCCGCAAGGAAGACUUGGCUGAGCUGAGGAAAAAAUGGAACAGAGUAUGCCAUGGACUCCACCGGGACAAGACAAGGAGCUACGGUGCUUCCACCUUGUAUGGAAAUCAAAGUUCCAUGGGAAAGGCCUACUGUAGCACAUUGUCACACCCUUGGUGGCCUACUCAGAGCACCAUCUUCCCUGAUGCAAAUUCAAUCUCGUUUGCUAGCUCACCAUGGAAGCCCAAUCAGGGUUCCAAUACUGUGCCCCGUUUCAGACGGCAACAGUCCUGCACCAUCGAGUUCAAUUCUGGUGCCUGGACUGAGAAUAAGCAUGGUGGGCCAGAGCCAAACUUGUAUCCUCUCAAGAACACCGAAGGAAAGGAGGUGAAGAUCACCCUCACUCUUGGCAAUUCCCUUUUCGAUGAUCCAGGGAAACUGGCAGAGCAGAAUAUUGAGAGGAUGUUGCUGCGAGGUAACAUGCGACGGUUGCUUCAGGAUAAUGUGCCGUGGCAAUCUGAAACAAUUCCUGCAAUUGUGGAGGCCUUGUUCGAUGCCAAAUGCACCAAGAAGGAUAGUUGGCUACUGAUUCUGGGAAAUGACACUGUCGGAAAGAGAAGGUUGGCGCAUUCGAUUGCAGAGUCGAUGUUUGGGUCAGCUGAUUUCCUUUUCCAGAUGAACAUGAGAACAAAGCGUGGUAAGGAGGCCUCAUCAGAUGAAAUAGAGGCAAGGACCUCAAAGCAUGAUGACAAACUUGUGGUUUUGGUGGAAGACAUUGAUUUGGCUGACAAGCAAUUUAUUAGGUACCUCGCUGACCGAUUCGAGACUGGAAAAUUUACAGAUUCAAGCCGGGGAGAACAAAACCAAGGUCAAGUUGUGUUCAUAUUGACUAGUGGGGACUCCACGGGCUAUGAUAGUCGAAUCAGACAGAAUUCAGCAGUUCAGAUGACUGUAAAGGUCAUUGAAACAACAACCAAUUCUAAUCACAAGAGGAAAUCCGAGUGGGGCUUGUCAGAUAAGAUGAAAAAUCCAAGAACAGAUGGGAACGAGAGCGCAUAUUUGGGUUCCUUUGAGAAAGGAAACAUCGAGGAAGUACUCUCAAGGCAGUCCAGCUUCAAUGCCAUUGAUCUAAAUAUGAAGGCUGACGAGGACUACGAACCUGGCGGGAAACCUGAGGACUUGAGCCCCAAUUCAAGUGACUUGACCCGUGAAAGUUCAGGUGAUAUCCAAUGCCCGCAGUCCUUCCUGGAAUUGAUUGAGAACCGGUUCACCUUUAACCGAAGCCUGACUCGAGAUAGUGAGAUGACGGAGUUUUUCUUGUCCAUGAUAAAGAAAUCUUUCGAAGGGGUAUACGGGGAUGGAAAUAAUGUUAGAUUUAGUGUAGAGGAGGGGGUUUUAGAGGAGAUAGUAGCUGGUGGGGGGUUUUUUCUGAACAGUUUGUUUGAGAAAUGGUUAAAGGACAUUUUCCAAACAGCCUUGCAAAUAGUCACAAGUAAGGAGAGGGAUGGUAUAAGUUUUAGGCUCUGUUUAGGGGGUAAAGGUGAAGGAAACUUGGAAGAAGGGUACAUGAGCACAUGCCUACCCAAGAAAAUCCAAAUUUCCUAUGGGGACUAAUCUGUUUAUGUAACUUGCUAAUGUUCAUAAGGGGAUGUGUUUAUUUGGUUUGGUUCA